ACCACAGCCAACGAUAUGGGCCGAAAAACCAAAAAGCCAAAGCCCGACAAACUCAUGGUCCACCAGGGAACUCUGCAUCCAUCAUCCGGGAUAUGCAGGGGGCUACUGAACUACUGCCCACCCUGGGCCUUGACAUGAACUCUAUGCCCAUUGCGGAGAACACCACUACGCUAGUACCAUCCAACAUUGGAGACCCUGCAAAAGUAGCCUCAUUCGUCCCCAGAUGGGGCGGGAUGGAGACCCACACAGCAGCCAACACCUGA